ACAUACAUAUGGCUAUAAUGUUAUGUACAAGUAUAUGACUAUGAGUCUAUGAGUUCUAAAUACUAAGAAUAUCGUGGUACAACAAAUUUAAACGAACCACAUUCAACGUACCACCACAUCAGCAAUGUUACAACGACACCAUAAUAGCCACACAAAAGAAGGGUAGAUGUACGUUCCACACAUUAACACCUGCAUAACUCAAAAAAAAAAUAUCCUCGUGUUGAAUGUUCGAAAUGAACUGCAUCACACUCCACAUACUUUCCCUGAUAUCAAGUCUCAUACCCCACAUUUCUCUAACUCAAAAUAUAUAGGAAAGAAAUAAAGAAUACAAAGGCAAUUCUUCAAUAAUUAUAAUUUCUUAUUAACCUUUAGAACAAAUUAAAUCAAAAUAAAAUAAAAUAAGAUAAAAUUAGUGAAUAUCCUUAGAAUACCACCAACUUGCACACCCUUCGUUCUUAACUCAAUAUAUAUAUACUCCUCAUAAUACCAACAACAAACUCUUAAACUUACCAUAUCAAUAUAUAUUAUACACAUAUUUUUAUAUUCUUUGAUACACAUAUAUUUUCCGAUAUCUGAUGGAAAAUAGUAAAUCUAGUUGCGAGCUAUGCAGUUUGCCGGCAACGACGUACUGCGAGUCGGACCGAGCAAGAUUAUGUUGGCACUGCGACGGCAAGGUACACAAGGCCAACUUCUUGGUUAGUAAACAUUGUAGAACACUACUAUGUCAUCUUUGUAACAAACCAACUCCGUGGACCGCUUCCGGUCCUAUGCUCCCUCCUUCGCUAUCCUUCUGCGUUGCGUGUGCUUCCACAACUUCUUCUAGACACGCCGCGGCUGUGAUGACGCCGGUGCAAUCGGCGCAUCUCCCGCUGGCUCACGACGAAAACGACGGGGCGUAUGAGAGUUACGACGAUGAUGAGGAUGAGGACGAGGAUGAGGAUGAGGAUACUGAUGAGGAUGAGGAAGAGGAAGGUUAUUCGAGGUACACGGGUGGUGAUGACUUGGAUGGGGACGAAGAGGAUGAUGAUAACCAAGUGGUACCAUUGACAACGUCGUCGUCUUCUUCUUCGUCGAUUAUUACAUCUAAUAAUGUUAUAACUCGAGGAUUAAACAAUGUUUCUUGCUCGAGUAGCAAUGAAGCAGAAGACGAGGAUGAGGAUGAGAAUGAGAAUGAGGAGGAUAAUGUAGGUGAUGAUGGGCGCAUUUCAUCAAUGAUGUUACCAUCAUCUUUGAAGCGUAAGCGGCAGUUUUAUAUGCUUUCAUGAUUAAUUAAUAAAUUAAUUACAUGGGAAAAAUAAUAAUAAUAAUUUUCGAUCUAGUACUGAUUAUUAAUUUAUUUGAAUUAAUAUUAUUGUACUUGUGAUAUUAAUUAACUUUAGCUCUUACACCAAUAACAUAGUGUUUCGGCAAAAAAUGAGCUAACCGAGCCUUGGAGGGGUGUCUGAGAACCUCGAAUUUGGGCCUUGAAUGGACCUGCAAAAUGAACCCCGAGCCCCGGGGGUUGAACCCGGGGCGGAGCCUCCGACGCCCAAGUUAGUUGCCAAACAAUGCAUAUUUUGAGAGGAGUUUAGGGGAGAGAGUGGAGGAGUAUGGUCAUCUUAGAUGAUAAGAGUGACCUCCUUUUACCUUAUGCCCUUUGAGGGGUAUUUAUAUGAGUACAUAAGUGGGUUUAUGAGCCCUAAAAUUACAUAUGUGGGCCGUUGAAGGCCAUAUUGAUGUAUUUGACUUAUUUGGGGCCUUUUAUACCUUUUUUAUGCC